GAGAGGACAGUAGGCGGUGGAUGGGAGAGCUGGCGCAGCUGCUGUGGUGGCGGCGGCUGAAGUGGCGGUGGCUGCGGCGGCUGCUGCAGCUGCAACAGCUCCGGGCUUGGGGCUUUGGCGGCGGCGCCGGCGGGCUGGGCUGCGCAGUGCGGACCCCGGCGCGCGGUCCGGGUUGCCGGGGCGGCGCGUAAGAUGCCUCGGAUGGAGGAGUUUCUGAGAAGCACCUCUGGGCCAGUGGCUUUGAACUGGAACUCAAAGCAGAGACUAUUUAAAGCACUGGACAUCACAUCCUGAGGGCUGCAGGAGCGGAGAACAUGGCUGUGAGUUUAGAUGACGACGUUCCCCUCAUCCUGACCUUGGACGAGGGUGGCAGCGCCCCACUGGCUCCCUCCAACGGCCUGGGCCAAGAGGAUCUUAGCAGAAAUGGAGGCAAAUAUGCCGUCCACGACUCCCCGGCCCCCAGUCUGAGCUCAGGGGGUGAGAGUUCCCCCUCCAGCCCCACCGGACACAAUUGGGAGAUGAAUUAUCAAGAGGCAGCAAUCUACCUCCAGGAAGGUGAGAAUAACGACAAGUUCUUCACCCACCCCAAGAACGCCAAAGCGCUGGCGGCCUACCUCUUCGCACACAACCACCUCUUCUACCUGAUGGAGCUGUCCACGGCCCUGCUUCUGCUGCUGCUCUCCCUGUGCGAGGCCCCCGCCGUCCCCGCGCUCCGGCUGGGCAUUUACGUCCACGCGACCCUGGAGCUAUUCGCCCUGAUGGUGGUCGUGUUUGAACUCUGCAUGAAGCUGCGGUGGCUGGGCCUUCACACCUUCAUUCGGCACAAACGGACCAUGGUCAAGACCUCCGUGCUGGUGGUGCAGUUCGUGGAGGCCAUCGUGGUAUUGGUACGGCAGACGUCCCACGUGCGGGUGACCCGGGCGCUGCGCUGCAUCUUCCUGGUGGACUGUCGGUACUGCGGUGGUGUCCGGCGCAACCUGCGCCAGAUCUUCCAGUCCCUGCCUCCCUUCAUGGACAUCCUCUUGCUGCUCCUCUUUUUCAUGAUCAUUUUCGCCAUCCUCGGUUUCUACUUGUUCUCUCCAAAUCCUUCAGACCCCUACUUCAGCACCCUGGAGGACAGCAUCGUCAGUCUGUUUGUCCUUCUGACCACAGCCAAUUUCCCAGAUGUCAUGAUGCCCUCCUACUCCCGCAACCCCUGGUCCUGCGUCUUCUUCAUCGUGUACCUCUCCAUCGAGCUGUACUUCAUCAUGAACCUGCUCCUGGCCGUGGUAUUCGACACCUUCAAUGACAUUGAGAAACGCAAGUUCAAGUCUUUGCUGCUGCACAAACGAACUGCCAUCCAGCAUGCCUACCGCCUGCUCGUCAGCCAUCGGAGGCCCGCCGGCAUCUCCUACAGGCAGUUUGAAGGCCUGAUGCGCUUCUACAAGCCCCGGAUGAGCGCCGGGGAGCGCUAUCUCACUUUCAAGGCCCUGAAUCAGAGCAACAGGCCUCUGCUCAGCCUGAAGGACUUUUAUGACAUCUAUGAAGUGGCUGCCUUGAAGUGGAAGGCAAAGAGAAAUAGAGAGCACUGGUUUGAUGAGCUUCCCAGGACAGCAUUCCUCAUCUUCAAAGGAAUUAACAUCCUUGUGAAGUCCAAGGCCUUCCAGUAUUUCAUGUACUUGGUGGUGGCAGUCAAUGGGGUUUGGAUCCUCGUGGAGACCUUCAUGAUGAAAGGUGGGAACUUCUUCUCCAAGCAUGUGCCCUGGAGUUACCUCGUCUUUCUGACUAUCUACGGGGUGGAGCUGUUCCUGAAGGUUGCUGGCCUGGGCCCCGUUGAGUACCUGUCCUCCGGGUGGAAUCUGUUCGACUUCUCUGUCACAGCAUUCGCCUUCCUGGGGCUGCUGGCUCUGGCCUUCAACAUGGAGCCCUUCUACUUCAUAGUGGUCCUGCGUCCCCUCCAGCUGCUGAGGUUGUUUAAAUUGAAGAAGCGUUACCGCAACGUGCUGGACACCAUGUUUGAGUUGCUGCCCCGCAUGGCCAGCCUGGGCCUCACCCUGCUCACCUUUUACUACUCCUUCGCCAUCGUGGGCAUGGAAUUCUUCUGCGGAAUCCUCUACCCCAACUGCUGCAACACGAGCACCGUGGCAGAUGCCUACCGCUGGCUCAAUCGCACCAUGGGCAACAGGACCGUCGUAGAGGAAGGUUACUACUAUCUUAAUAACUUUGACAACAUCCUGAACAGCUUCGUGACCUUGUUUGAGCUGACAGUUGUCAACAACUGGUACAUCAUCAUGGAAGGCGUCACCUCUCAGACCUCACACUGGAGCCGCCUCUACUUCAUGACCUUCUACAUCGUGACCAUGGUGGUGAUGACAAUCAUCGUCGCCUUCAUCCUCGAAGCCUUCGUCUUCCGAAUGAACUACAGCCGCAAGAACCAGGACUCGGAAGUUGACGGCGGCAUCACCCUGGAGAAGGAACUCUCCAAAGAUGAGCUGGUUGCUGUCCUGAAGCUCUACCGAGAAGCACGGGGAGCCACCUCGGACAUCACGCAGCUACUCAAGAUCCUUUCCCAGAUGGAGAGAUACGAGCAAAAUGCCCUGGUGUUUCUGGGACGGAGGUCAAGGACCAAAAGCGAUCUGAGCCUAAAGAUGUACCAAGAGGAGAUUCAGGAGUGGUACGAGGAACAUGCCCAGAAGCAGGAAGAACAGCAGCGACAGCUCAGCGGCUGUGUGGUCCCCACCACCCAGCAGCCUCCAGGCAGCCGCCAGCGCUCCCAGACCAUCACCUAACUCUAGCCUGCAAAAGCCAUCUCUUCUAUGCAAUAACACAAUAGUAUUAUUUUACUACGAUGUAUCAAAAUAAUGUGUGUGUAUAUGUAUGUAUAGCAAAUAUUAUAUAUAUAUAUACACAUAUUCAUAUAUAUGCACAUAUUUAUAUGUAGAAGAAAAGACAGACGAGUUGGGGUUGGCUUUUAACUACCUUGCCCUGUUAACCCCAGAAAUCAAUUUCAUUUGGGGACGGGGGUCAGGCCACUAGGAGCUCUUCUUAACAUGGAAAGCUCCAGAAGGCCCCUUCACCAGAGCACUUGAAUAGAUUCUGCUGGUCUCUGCAGGGCUUGCCUUCAAAGUAGGCCAGCGUCCCCAAGCCAGAUCCACACCGUCUUCCUGACGCUGCUUCCAGAACCUGCCCCAGCUGACAGCUAGCUUCCCCACUAACCUGCCCUGCAGCCCAGGUCCCUGGGUUUCUGUGUCCUGCUUUGGGGACAAAGCCACUUAGGAAGGAAAGAGCCCACAUCUUCGGGUUGGCAUUUCUCUCUCUGUGAUAAUGUCAUAGGGCAUACCUGGCACCUACCAGAACAAGUAAUCCAGGGCUGUGGUUAUUCCACAUGGUCAGAUCUCAGUACUGGGCAGCAAGAGAUGCUGUGUCCCGGCUCCACGAGCCUUCUCGCCCACCCUUCUUUUGGUUUCAGCCCUUGUUGCUGAAAAUCCUCCUGAAAUGGUUUUUGGACUCACAGCCCAGCGGGAGGAGGAGAAUAGGCAAGAGGCCAGGCCAAUGGCUCCCUCCCUGAAAUGGGCUUUCUCCUUAAAUCCCUUUGCCUUGGGAUUGUCCUGUUCAAGCAAAAAGACAUUUUGGUUAAUUCAGGAUUCUGCUAAAGCCAAUAGCAGGUCCUUGGUGUGUGUGUAUUUGCUGGAAACGGGAACAAAGCGUUGACGCUGACCGCAGGCCAUCCACACUGCCCUGUGGCUGAACCUGUCGGUCCCCUUGGCCAGCUCCCCGCCUCACCUUGAGCAGCCCCCUCCUUGGACUUGACCACUCCUGGGAGUGGGUUCAGGUGGCCUUUCGGUUGCCCAAGUUCCCCAGGGGCCUCAGGGGAGUGCUCCGAGAUCGGUGUGUGAUCAGGAAAGGGCUGCUGCUUGAAUCCACAGCAGGCUGUCGGGGUUGGCCGCCCUGGUGAGUGGUGCUGGUGGUGGCAGUGGCAGCAGGGUAAGCAGAGGGGGCUGUGGCUCAGCUCCUCUAGGCUGCAAGCCGAGCAGGGGGCAGGGAGGGAGCAGAGGGCAGGGGACGCAGCCCCCACUGGCCAUCCUGUCCCAACCCCAGCUUUGAGCUGCCUUCUCUGCCUCUGUGACUUAGGAAGGAGGAACAGGCGGGCUGACUCCCCCUCGCUGUAUCCUCUUCCCAAACAGACAGGGUCCCCCCCAUCUCCACUCCAGACUGCAGCCUCAGAGGGGUGAUCCUGGAGCCAGCACAGCACAGCUCUGCCCCUUACCAGGGGAGAGGUAGUGGGCAUUUUCGUUUUUAAAGCACAGCCCUUGGGGGAGACAACAAAUCAUUAAGAACCACUGAGAUUCCCAAAGGGAACCAGGACUGGACUUUGUCCUCUGUCUCAGGAGGGCCAGCAGCCAUGGGGGCAGCUCGGCACCAGGGCCAGAACCCCAUCCCCUCUCCAGAGAAGGAACUUUAUUUGCACAACUGGGUGCCUUUUAGCCUUUGUGUACUGAAAUGGGCAUUUCGGAAGCAGGAAUCCGGGGGCGGCCUCUAGAGAAGUGCGUGAGUCCCCAACCUCAGCGCCUUGUUCUCAUCCCUUCCUUUGCCCGUAGGAGGCUGAAACCUGGGAGGGGUGCCAGAGAGAUUGAGUUCAUCCUCUCCCACGUUGGGAGGGAAGGGUGGGAUCUCUCCCAGGCCUUCCAACGCUGUCCUGAGAAAGGAUCUGUUUCUAGCCAGGGAUGAGACGAAGACCAAGUGGCAGCAGUGCUGAUGGACCAGACUCCAGCCACCGGCGGGAGUCCCCAUCACUGAGCCUAAAGACAGCUGCCCUCGAGGGGUCACUGGGUGGGAGCCUCCUCAGGUUCACCCUGCAACUUGCACACAGGCCGGCGAGCAGGAAACAGGUGUCCCCCAGGGCUGUGAGCUCUGUGGGACCCCGGGAUGUCCAGCCCAGCGGCCCUCUCGCCUUCCACAUCAACUGAAUGAAACCAAGGUGAGACUCACGACUUGCUCUGGGUCACACUACCCAGCAGUGGCAGCGAUGGCCCUAUGCCCCUGCCCCACUUUAGAGGGGAUGCCAUCUGGCCCCUCCUCCUUGCUUCCCUCCCACCCCCCCGCCCCAGCCUUACUCCACACCACGCGACAAUCAUUUUGUACAGAUAGCAGGAGUGACGCUGUAAGGUUUUGUACAUCAGUGAUUUGUUACCUAGAAAACCCACCAUGGCUCCAGAUUUCUGGCAUAUUAAUAAAAGAGUCUCUGCUUUGUA